UGUGUGCGGGACAGUGAUGAGGCCAAGCAGCUGCAACCACAGGCGGGAGACAGGAGCGCCCUGCCCUGUCUCUGCGUCUGCUGCUCUCCCGCGGAGACUACACUUCCCAGGGUGCCUCGCGGCGCCGGAAAAGCGCUCGGGAAGGUGCCUCGGAGGACCCGGAUGUGGGCAAGAUGGCGGUCCAGCUGUGAGUAGCUGUUAAGGAAUGAAAAUUGGUGUCCCUAGAAGCAGAUUGUAAAGGUGGUUUCCCCCUGAUAAGCUUAUCUAUAUAUCAUGGCAGCGGCAGCAGCAGUAAAAUGGGCGAUAUCAAAGAGAGCUAUCUUGAAGCAUUUAUUUCCAAUCCAAAAUGGAGCUUUAUCUUGUGUUUGUUGUAAAUCUACGUAUUCUUCUCUUCCAGAUGACUAUAAUUGCAAAGUAGAGCUUGCCUUGACAUCUGAUGGCAGGACAAUAGUAUGCUACCACCCUUCAGUGGACAUUCCAUAUGAACACACAAGACCCAUCCCUCAACCAGACCCUGUCCAUAAUAUUGAAGAAACACAUGAUCAUGUGCUGAAAACCAGAUUAGAAGAAAAAAGUGAAUGCCUUGAGCAAGGACCCAUGAUAGAACAACUUAGUAAAAUGUUCUUCACGACCAAGCAUCGUUGGUACCCUCAUGGGCUGUAUCACAGACGUCGUAUGAAACUGAAUCCUCCAAAAGACAGAUGAUAUUGAGGUUCUUGGAAGAAUCGGAGAAAUGUUAUCUUGUGCCUCCUUUGCCAUUGGAGAAAAUACACUCUGAUGCUGUGGUAAUAGUAAAGUAAUAAAAUGUCUUUUCAUAUAUGA